AUAAAACCCCUGAAUUUCAAUUUUGAAUUGAAUUUGGUUUGCACUCUCCUCACCGACGGCGAUGAGAAGCGUCGCAAAUUUCGAAAGUUCCCGCUUCCCCCCUCUCCCAAAAUUCCUUAGAAUCUCACUGUUGUUCCUUGAGAUGGCUCAUACUAAGCAAACAGCUAGGAAGUCGACCGGAGGCAAGGCGCCGAGGAAGCAACUUGCCGCCAAGGCUGCUCGUAAAUCAGCACCAGCCACCGGAGGAGUGAAGAAGCCUCACCGUUUCAGGCCGGGAACUGUGGCUCUGAGAGAGAUCAAGAAAGCAGUGCAGUCGUUGCUCUCUAGGAGGCUGUCGAGGCGUAUCUCGUGGGGCUCUUUGAGGAUACCAAUCUCUAUGCCAUUCAUGCUAAGAGAGUCACCAUCAUGCCCAAGGACAUUCAGCUUGCUAGGAGAAUUAGAGGUGAGAGGGCUUAGAGGCGUGGUUAAUCAAUGUAAUCCAAUGGAUAUCUGACUUUUGCAUUUGCAAUCGAUUUGUACCUAGAAAUCUCCUACUAUGUGGAUCCAUUUUUAUCUUGAAAUGAAAGUGAUGUACGUCUGUAGAAAUGGGAUGCUUGGUUGAAAUUUGUUUUAGUUCCUAGUCCAUGCCCGUCGUGAAUAUUUCUCUAUACAUGCCCAAAAAUUGAAUUGAAUUUCAAUUUUUUUGUUUUUUUGGUUAUAGGAAGGUUGAAGGUUGAUUUCUAGUUCUGUUAAUUUAUACAGCAAAAGAAAAUGGUAUGUUUUACAUGAAAUACAUGAUUUUUUCUCUCCUCCUCUGUGUUUAAAUUCUUUUUUUAUUUCUGGAUAAAUCUCUUUGGCAUUUCCAGGUUCUGGAUCUCUUACUUCACCUUUCGUAAAGGUUUCUACCACUCUAUCCAGCUUCUCUAGUAGAGCAAUUUCAGUGCCAAUUGAAGCUGGUUUUCUACUGCUCUCAGCCAUAUCUACUUCCCUUGGAAGCUGCUCGUCAGACACUUCAUUAGCUGUUUUCUCUGUGCUGCUCUACUCUUUUGAUAGUGCUACACUUGAUUCCUGAUAUAAGACAGAAACAUGAGAUGUUUAGCUUGAUUUUUUUACAAGUUAUCUUUUUUAUUGGCUGCUGUAGAUCACCGAAGAAGGAAGGAGGAUUGGGUUUACAAGUUACUUACCUCUUCAAUUUGAAUAUCUUUACCUCUUAAGUUUGAAUAUCUUUUGCUAUGGUUUUAAAUGUUGCAUUGUUCUCCUCAGCACCUAGAAAUCCAUUCUUUAGUUGAUCUUCUCAGUUGCUAGCUUUCAUUGUUUUAAAUACAUGAAUGAUAUGUUA